UUUAAAAAUAUAAAACCAAAAAAAAUGAAAAUCAUAAUAAUGUCAAACGGACCCGAAAAAAAAAACCCCAAAAUCAUAAUACAACUCGUUUAUUCCCUAAUAGUAUACUCCGUAAUACCAUACACCCUAACCGUAACGAAUCAAAACCCUCUCGUUGAAACAAACUCAAAUAACCGCCAAAACUCAAACAAACUUUCCUUCCUUUCUCUCUCCUCACUCUUCCCUCCUCUGUAACAAACUCUUCCCUCUCCCUCUGCAACUCACUUCAUUAUAUAAACCCACAAACACCCAUUUUCUCACUCCUCCAGAACUUUCCUUCUCUCUCUCUCAAACACCAUUUUCAUAAUUCUGCAAUAUUCUCUGCUCAAGCUCACAACAAUGGCGUUUUUUCCCCUGAAAUUCUCUCUCCUCUUCCUCCUAACCACCAUCACUUCCUUUUCUCUCACCACCUCAACCCCAACUAUCGGCGUUACAAUCCAACACCACCCAUUUUCCGCCACCCCUGAACACAUUUCCGCCGCCGUCAACCGCAAUAGAAUCGCCGCCGUUCGACUCAUUGACCCUGACCCAAACCUAAUUCGAGCCUUCUCAUACUCCUCUGUUUCACUCCUCCUCUGCAUCCCCAACACCCUCGUCCACUCUCUCGCCGCUAAUCGCUCCAACGCCGCCGUUUGGCUUUACACCCACGUCGUCCCCUUCUACCCUCGCGCAAACAUCUCCGCCAUUUCCGUCGGCUCCGACAUCCUCUCUUCCUCCGACGACCUCGCCGACGCUCUUCUACCCGCCAUUCGCAACAUCCAUGUUGCGCUUCACGAGCUGGGUAUUCGUCGAAUCUCUGUCUCAUCCACUUUCUCUCUCAUCCCUCUCAUCACCUCUGCUUUCCCCCCUUCUUCUGCUGAGUUCAGUGAACCGCUAAACGAACACUUAAUCCGGCCAUUGCUGGAUUUCUUGGAAGAAGCGAAUUCCUCUUUCUUGGUGAAUAUUCAUCCGUACGAUUUUUACCGGUUGAACCAUGAGGUUGUUCUUGGGUAUGCUCUGUUUCAAAAAAGUCGGUACAGUUUUGUGGAUGAUCCGACCACCGGAGUACGGUACCAGAAUCUCUUUGAUACCUUGGUUGAUGCGGUUCUGUCGGCAAUGGCGGUCGCCGGGCAUGAGAAUAUUCCGGUUGUCGUAACCGAAACCGGGUGGCCGAAUGCACCUGCAAUCUCGGAGGAGAAUAAUGCCAACCAGGUGUUCGCCGAAAUGUAUCUGAGAGGUUUGCUCAAGCAUCUUAAAUCUGGGGUUGGUACACCUCUGAAGAAAGAAGGGGUUUCUGGGGUUUACAUCUAUGAGCUGUUUGAUAAGGAAAGGGAUCAAGGAAACAGCAAUGCUUCAUUCCGGCAAUGGGGGAUUUUCUACCCUAACUUGACCAGCAAGUAUGAUCUUGACUAUAGUAGGUCCUACAGAAAUGCUGAGAGCAAUGGUUUCUGGAAGAUUCUUGCAGUAUCUUUGGUUGUUCUUGCUUUACUGUAAGCAACUCUUACUACCCUCUUACUGAGAAUUGAUGCCUGAUUUAGUAGAAUCUGACUUUUGGUUGGAUUUCAAUAAUUCAAUUAGGCAUUUCAUGCUUCCUGUUAGUUUCUUGUUCAAUUUUUUGUUGUUAGAUGUUUGAGGUUGAGUUCAUUGAUUGAUGUAAAGAAUUGUAGAAAUCAGUGGUUGUUCUGAGCUUGUUGAUCACUGGUUUAGGAAUAUUAUACGAGUAGUAGUGUGUUGAAGAACAAUUGUUGAUACUGGGAUUACUGUAUAAAUCUUUGUUACGCAGUGAAUGAAAUGAACAUUUUAAGUUUUUUAGAAUAUUUGGUACUUUGUUGUUCAUGAUCUUAGUGUAAUUUGAAUGUUAUUACUUAAUGCAGAUUUUUGUUGCAUACUAUAUAUUACUUAUAGCUAUUCCAUU